GAAAGGAGAGGGGAAUCGACAGUACUCUAUUUCUUCCUUGCAGCCUGCGACCCGCUCAAGGACUGUUGGUUAUCCAAAGGCGAGAUUAGUACGGCGGUCUGUCAUAAUUCAGGAGGAUUGCAGUGUAAGUGAUAUUGCCUAAUUAGCUAUCCGGAUACCUGGGAGAAAAAGAAUACGCCACGCAAAUAACCGACCAAUUCUUUUAUUCUUUUUUUCUGCAUAUAAACAUAUAACGUCUAUUGUCCUACAUUGAAUUGGCCUCAAGCGAUUGGGAUGAAAUUGAACCUAUCAUUAAAUAUUUUUUAUUUCGAUUCUUGGGUAACUCGACUAACAUUUUUUUUCUGUCCCACUAGAGCCGACCGGGAUCCAGCAUCGAGCAGAAGGCUGUCGAAGGCGGCGUUUGAGGCGGAAGGAACUAUUAAUUACCUUGUCUUAGGUAAUAAAUAGAGCGAUAGGGGUGUGGGAACUCGGAGACUACGUACCACUUAACCACGCUUGAUUAAAGCCGAAAACUCGCAUUCCACCUUCCAAAUGAAGGGCCUAUUCGUUUCUAAAAAAUCUCCAAAGAAGACGACAGCAGGCGACAACACCGAAUCUAGCACCGGCCCCCACCAUCACCAAGAAAAAGUGCAGCCGCAAAUCCCUCGUUCCGAACAAACUUCGCCGGUGAAGCCUUCUCCUUCGUCAUCAUCCAAAUCUCCAACUAAGAAACCCGUACGCCCCGCAUCGCCUGCUCAGCGGGAGCAGCCCAAACCUCGAAGUUCUCGCUCCUACGCGAGACACUCGACUGAUCAAGGCUCGUCUUCCUCGAGACGCAGUAAAGUUGAUCCGAACACUCACCCUCUUAAUUUGCAUCCGGACGAGAUCAAACGUUUAUCUGCUCAAUACAACAUGACCACCCGGGCAUCGCUUGACAAGAUGGAUGUCGACAAAGAUACCCCGGCCGCAACACCCUCCUCGCCGCCUCCUGUACAGCCGCAAGCACAGUCCUCUUUUGCUGUUCCUGUUAAAUCUCCCAAGGUCACCGCCACUCCCAAGACCAAUGGAGUGAAGAACGGUACAAACGAUGAGCCGCAGGGGCCAGCUCCUCCGCCUCACAAGUCUAACCCUUCUAGUCCGGUACCUAACGAUGCUGAGCUAGCCGAAGCUCAUAAGAGCGAUGGAAACAGGUUCUUCAAGCAGAGAGAUUACGCUCGAGCAAUUGCUGAGUACACAAGUGCUAUUCAACUUAUGCCCAACGAGCCUACCUACCUUAGCAACCGUGCCGCAGCUUACAUGUCCGAUUGCCGGUACGAGGCGGCUUUGGAUGACUGCACGCGUGCCGUGGACUUGGACCCUAACAAUGCCAAGUUCCUAUUGCGUCUAGCUCGUAUCUACACAAAUCUCGGACGUCCCGAAGAGGCGCUGAUGACCUUUGAUCGCAUUCGUCCGGCGGCCUCUGCUAAAGAUAUGGCCGCCGCUAGGGAGAUGAUGCAUCACGUUAAAGCUGCUCAGGACGCUCUCGACCGUGGUACUAGUGGUUCUAUGGUUCUACAUGCGUUAGACCAGGCUGAGAAGUUGCUUGGACCUAGAGCUUCGAAGCCUCGAAAGUGGCAGCUAAUGCGAGGCAACGCUUAUCUUAAGAUGGGAGGCGCCAAUUCCUUUGGAGAGGCCCAGAACGUGGCCAUGGGACUUCUAAGACUUAAUAACCAGGAUCCAGAAGCAUUGGUUUUGCGUGGCCGCGCUUUGUAUGCUCAGGGCGAGAAUGAAAAGGCUAUCCAACAUUUCCGACAAGCAUUGAGCUGCGAUCCCGACUUUAAGGAUGCUGUUAAAUGGCUUCGAACCGUACAGAAGCUAGACCGGAUGAAGGAGGAGGGCAACGUGGACUACAAGGCCGGUAGAUGGGAGGCUGCAUUCAACAAGUACUCCGCUGCCCUGGAGGUGGAUCCUACAAACAGAGGCACAAACUCGAAGCUCUACCAGAACCGAGCGUUGUGUCGACUUAAGCUGAAGCAAUUCAAUGAGGCGAUUGUUGAUUGCGAAAGGGCUAUCGCCCUUGAUUCUACAUACAUCAAGGCGAGAAAGACCAAGGCUAAUGCAUUGGGCCAAGCUGAUAGAUGGGAGGACUGCGUUCGUGAAUGGAAGUCUAUUCAAGAGCUAGAUCCGGAGGACCGCAGCAUACCCAAAGAGAUCCGUCGAGCAGAGCUGGAACUUAAGAAGAGCCAACGCAAGGAUUACUACAAGAUCCUCAAUGUCGACAAGAAUGCCGAUGAGAAUGGCAUCAAGAAAGCUUACCGCAAGCUCGCCAUCAUUCACCACCCGGACAAGAACCCCGGCGACGAGGCUGCCGCUGAACGUUUCAAGGACAUUGGUGAAGCUUACGAGACAUUGAGCGACCCUCAAAAGCGCGCUCGAUACGACAGUGGCGAGGAUCUGAUAGAUCCCUCCGAUAUGUUCGGCGGUGGCAUGGGAGGUGGAAUGGCCGGCGGGAUCGAUCCGGAGAUCCUAUUCAGCAUGAUGAAUGGUGGCGCAUCUUUCGGUGGUCACCAAGGCUUCGGCGGUGGCGGAUUUGGUGGCCGCACACGCCCGCAGGGAUUCCCGGGUGGUUUCCACUUCUCGGGUUGACAAUCCCAGCCUGAAUCGGAAGUUUUCAGUGGCGAAUCCGACUCUGAUCAAGAUGCCAGUUCUGAAAAUGAGCGAUCAGCUUGGGACCGAUCCGCACAAAAGUCUUCCUAUGAAGCAGGUUUGGAGAAAAGGAUCGCACGAUUCCGGUGGUCCUUGAUGGCGAUAGCCGGCUCGUUUGUCUUCCUCCCGCUGGAGUUGGCCACGACAGUCCUCGUGCUGUAUAUGUGCGUUGUUAUUGCAAGGUCGUCAGGCAUCACAAAUGGGAUCCUGUAAACAAUCGGAAUUUGGGGAUAGAC